AUGGCUACAAGAUGGGCACUCAACUCCCUACGAUACUUCGUUCCAUCUCCCCCACCCAGAGGGAAGCUUCUCUACUACACCAAACGCACACUCCAGCUCUGUGGGUUAGUAUGGUGCAUCGAGCACUGGUUCUUCGACCUUCGUCUUUGCGUAGGAGCGUCCAUGCUCCCUACAAUGCCUUCAGAGCCCACUCUCGCCCUAGCGCUCAUGUACCCUUCCCUCCUCCCCCCCCCAUCGCUCAAACUGGGGGAUCUCGUCGUCGCUCGUUCUCCCACUCAUCCGCGAAAAGAAGUCUGCAAGCGCGUGAUCGGCUUGCCGGGGGAUACGGUGUGCGUGGACCCGAUCGGUGCUGUGCGCGGGCAUGGGGGGUGGGAGGACGCAAAGGGUGGGAAAGAACAUGUUGUUGUUCCAAGGGGUCAUGUCUGGCUAGCGGGGGAUAACAUGAGCGCCAGUGUUGAUAGCAGGAUGUUUGGACCUGUGAGUCUGGGACUGGUGAGGGGGAAGAUCGUUUUUCGAAUCUGGCCUAACUGGGGCCCGCUGGGCAAUACCUUCCAUGAGCUGGACAUCAACCCGGACGUUUGACACCACAUGUCUCCACUACAACAGCUUAUGAGCAAGUACAUGCUCAAAGCUGCGACGGCAGAACAGUUGGAUACUACUCCGUACGUACAAGUCCGUCGCAGAUGCUGCUUUCCUCGCCUCGCUGUGUCCUGCUGCUUUGACGACCAACUCCGUACGCGUGGACCCAAUCAGGCUUCCUCAAGCAGCCUACUGACAAAACCAGAAGUACCAACAACAUCCCUAUCUCUACCAAUCCCGUACCAGCACCUUACGGGAUCCAUAUUUCCC